AUGAACGCCACUGUCGACCCCACUGCCAACAUGUCCGCCAAGGACAGUCAAGCCUACCGCCUUUCCACCAAGCUGAUGAAGCUGUUGGACGAAGAAGCCGCACCUGAUGCCCUCUGGUGGUUGGACAGUCAGAUCUUCGCCGUGGAACCCAAGUACUUUCAAACGCAGGUCUUGGACCCUCACUUUCGUGGAACCAAGUACGCCAGUUUCCUCAGGACCAUGCACAAAAUGGGCUUUGCCAGACUGUCUCGUCGAUUCGACCUUCCCAAGGGCGUGGUGGCUUAUGCCUGUGAGUUGUUUCAAAAGGGAAAGCCUGAAAUGCUCCUCAAGAUCAAGAUGAACAACUCUGGCAAGCAAUCCAGCGCUUCCAAGGCUGCCAUUGCUGCGCUUGUCAUGGGAAGCAGCAGUGCCAAGGACAGCUUCAAGACUGCGGCUGGCUCUACUUCUGUUGGCUCUACUUCAGCCACUGCUUCUCCUCAAGGAUCCCCCUCCUUGAAGCCCGUGGCCAAGAAAGUGGCUUCUCCUUCCUCUGCCUCUUCUUCCAAGUCCAGCACCAAGAAGACUGUCCCAGUCAAUGAUAACCUCAACAAGGCUGCUGCGGCGUUUCCUGCUCUCCCAGGGUCUGCUGCCCCUGCUCCAGGUGUAACCCCUUCGGCUGGCUAUCUCUUGGCCAAGCAAGCGGCAGAACAAGACCGCAUUCGCAUGCUUCGAGAGAGCAUUGGGCUUCAGGAACAGGCCAGACGUUCCAUGAUGCUCCGCAACGCAUCGCUCUUCCAUCAGCCACUCUUGGCGAAUCCCAUGCUGGCUCCACUUUCCACUCCUAUGGCGGCCCCUGGAACCACAUCCAACCAACUCUUGGAACUCGCUCUCUUGCGAGAAGCCAUGAACAGUCAGUGGCGUCGCUAA